AUGCGUCAACUAUUUGAUUUACAAGCUGUUGUUAUAUACGGAUGGGGAGCGCUCGCAGCCCAGAGCUCUUCUGCCAACCACACAGAACUCGAAACCUGCCUUUCGUCUCUCUCCUUCCCUGUAGUCCUCCCCACUUCCCCCGACUAUGCCCUAGCAUCAAGAGCCUACAAUCGGCGGCUCUCCUACCACCCCUCUGCCAUCGUCUACCCGUCCACACCAGCCCAAGUCUCCCAGUCGAUCCUCUGCGCCUCCCGCUCCCGCACACCGGUGGUCGCAAGGUCGGGGGGGCACAGCGCGGCUGCCUUCUCGCUUGGAGGGAAAGACGGGAGCUUGGUGGUCGAUCUGGCUGGGCUGUAUGGGGUGGUCUGGGAGGACGAAGAGGGGCUGAGGGUAAGGGUUGGGACGGGGCUGAGGCUGAAAGGGCUGGGUAAGGCGCUGAGGAAGAAGGGCAGAGCGCUCCCUCACGGCACUUGCCCUUCUGUCGGAGUUGGGGGACAUGCGGCGUUUGGAGGAUUUGGAUUCACCUCGCGAGAAUGGGGGUUGUUGCUGGACAGGAUCGUCGAGGCUGAAGUUGUGCUCGCUGAUGAAAGACUCGUCAACGCCAGCUUGGAGGAGAAUGAAGAUUUAUUCUGGGCUGUCCGAGGAUCUGCACCGUCCUUUGGCAUCGUCACCUCCUACACGUUCUCCACUCUCCCAGUACUGUACACAACUAUCAAACCGCCCGUAACCACCGCCUACUCGUACGUCUUCGCCGGCAACGCCUCCUCCGCAGCACAGUGUUUCCUCGCCUUCCAGGACUUCGCAUCCAACCAUGCACCUCCGCCAUUAGGCAUGCAGUUUUCCCUCAUCCCCGACCAAACAUACGAGCUAUUCGGCUCCUACACCGGCCCUCUCUCCUCAUUCGAGGAUAUCUUCCUCCCCCUCGUAAGGGAAUGCGAGUCUACCUCUGACCAGGACUCAGGCACGCACGCCUGGGCCCAGGAAUUGGGCUGGGAAGCACACCUCGUCUCCCAAGCCGGUACACCCCCGCGCGUAGCAGACUGCUUCUACGCCAAGUCGCUCAUGACCUCUGACCGUACCCUUCUCUCUAGCGAAACAGUAGAGCGGUUCAUGCAUCACUUGUGGGACGAGACUCCAAAGGUCCGGUUGGCGUGGUUCGUAGAGGUGGACGUGUAUGGCGGGAAGGGGUCGGCGAUCAACGGCCUUCCGGCUGGGGGGCGUGCAUUCAGGUAUAGGGAUAGGCUGCUGGGUUUCCAUGUCAAGGCCAGCUCGAGGGACCUGCGACCUCCCUACCCUGCCGAGGAGAUACCGUUUGUUGAAGGCCUGGCGCGCGCACUGAGUGAAGGAGAGGAAGGCGCGAGCUUUAAGGCGUAUGGGAGUUAUGUGGAUCCUAGGCUGGAGGAGUGGGAGGAGAUGUAUUACGGAGAAGAGAUUUAUGGGAGACUGAGAGUGUUGAAGGAACUUUGGGACCCGACAGGAUUGUUUGGGUUCCCGCAGGCAAUUGCAGGGGAUGGGAAGGUAGGAAGAACGAGGGAUGAGCUGUAG